UUUCGUCAUCCAUCACUGUCUGGGCCGUCGUUGUAAAGACGCGCAUCCGUACAGACAGUAUGCCUAGACUCCUUUAAAAAAGGGCUUAUUGUCGGCAAAUACCCAGUUUCUCCCUUCUCAUCAACGUAUUUGAAGCAUUGAUGAAGGGUGGAAGGUACCACGCUGUGGAUCCAAGCAGGAAGUUUAGGAGGUGUCACCGUCAAUCACGUAAGAAGUGACCUCAGUCUUCAGAUCCGCACACACAAGAGACGAAUCUUGCCGAUGGCUCUUUGCGAGUCGGCAUUGUACCCCGGAAUAGUAACCUUGGUCUGACUUAGCCGGCUCGUAGGAAGGAAUUCCUAGAUCGGCUAGGGCCCGCAGUGGCAUCACGUUGAUGGAGGCCCCAGGGUCCCGCGGUAGCCUUCUUUCGUCGAUGUCACCGGUGAGAUAAAGGGGCCGCUUAUGUAUGCUUCUUCCUGUCCAGCAAGAUGUCUUCUGUCGAUAAGGUUAUAUCUGCACUCUGGACUUUCUUCAUUGGUGCUUCCAUGUACUCAUCUUCGAUGCUUUGAACUUCCACCCUGUUGACAUGUAGGGCAUACUUUUCUUUGCUUCCUACUACUAAGUUGCUUUCUUUCUUUAUAGGUUAAAGCCUCCUAUCUACGGUAGCUGACGCAGCAAGACCCGAGGAAUCGGAUACGGAUCUUUUUCAGUCUCUUUCGCUGGGGCAAAGCAAAGAGGGAGGACUUUCGGAAGAAGGCGUCGUCCGCUGAUGAUCUUGAGGUUGGGAGGCAGGUCAGGGGGAGAACUAAUGCUUGUGGAUAGCCCGCGAAUACUCCUUACUUAGGCUUUCCCCCGGAAGAGCUGAUGCUACUUACUAAGAGACUUCCGUUAGUGAGGAGAGAACUAUAGGCUUUAGCCCAAAGACAGAGUCAGGGAUUUCUUAACAAACUAGUCCCUCCUGAAAUAAGACAACACAGGGGGUGGAGUGAGCCUAGAGUAGAAUAAGACUCCCUCUUAGACUCUCAACUCAUACCAGGGCGGGCUGGGAAAGACUGAGACUACCGAUACCGAGCCGGGGUUGGAUCACAGGAUAGAUACCCUAUGGUUGGUCUCUAUGCCUGCUUCACUUCGUAGCAUUAAAGGGGCAGUGCCAUGAGGGAAAUCGACUAGGAACGCGAUGUCUUCCCAAAAAAUGAAGAGUGGAGGGGCAAUUACAAUGUUAUUAACCGAUCGAAACUUUAAUACAACCUUUUCUGAUCCCGCAGGAGGGGGAGACCCCAUAUUAUACCAGCAUCUCUUUCGGUUCUUCGGUCAUCCAGAGGUGUAUAUUCCAAUUCUGCCUGGAUCCGGUAUCAUAAGUCAUAUCGUUUCGACUUUUUCGGGAAAACCGGUCUUCGGGUAUCUAGGCAUGGUUUAUGCCAUGAUCAGUAUAGGUGUUCUUGGAUUUCUUGUUUGGGCUCAUCAUAUGUUUACUGUGGGCUUAGACGUUGAUACCCGUGCCUACUUCACCGCUGCUACCAUGAUCAUAGCUGUCCCCACUGGAAUUAAAAUAUUAAGUUGGAUCGCUACCAUGUGGGGGGGUUCGAUACAAUACAAAACACCCAUGUUAUUUGCUGUAGGGUUCAUCUUUUUGUUCACCAUAGGAGGACUCACUGGAAUAGUCCCGGCAAAUUCAGGGCUAGACAUUGCUCUACAUGAUACUUAUUAUGUGGUUGCACAUUUCCAUUAUGUACUUUCUAUGGGAGCCGUUUUUGCUUUAUUUUCAGGAUUUCACUAUUGGAUGGGUAAAAUCUUUGGUCGGACAUACCCUGAAACUUUAGGUAAAAUCCAUUUUUGGAUCACUUUUUUCGGGGUUAAUCUGACCCUCUUUCCCAUGCAUUUCUUAGGGCUUUCGGGUAUACCACGUCGCAUUCCAGAUUAUCCAGAUGCUUACGCUGGAUGGAAUGCCCUUAGCAGUUUUGGCUCUUAUAUAUCCGUAGUUGGGAUUCGUCGUUUCUUCGUGGUCGUAACAAUCACUUCAAGCAGUGGAAAUAACAUAACAAGGGCGAACAUUCCUUGGGCUGUUGAACAAAAUUCAACCACACUGGAAUGGCUGGUACAAAGUCCUCCAGCUUUUCAUACUUUUGGAGAACUUCCAGCUAUCAAGGAGACGAAAAGCUAUGUGAAGUAAAAGAAGGAAGAAAGGUCGCCGACUGCUACUAAGAACCUAACAGAACUUUUCAAAAUGUGGGUUCCAACGAAGAAGAGUUGAGGACCAACUUCGACCUAAUUUAAGAGUUAAGAAAGCAAGCUCAGUUCAGAAUGGCUACUUACCAACAGAGGAUAGCGAGGUACUACAAGGCCAGAGUUAAAUUUUUAAAUUUGAUCGAGCUGAGCCGGAGCUGCUCCUACUGACUAUGACUGGACAGCAGUGGACUCUUUCUCAAAGUCUGACCCUGCCACCUAUAUUUGAUGAAGCAACCAUCACUGAAGCCAUUUUUUUUGUAGCCAGCUCAACUCCAUUUAACAGGUUAGUAGCGAAAGGUAAGGCUUCAUUCCCGAGUGGACGAGAAGAAGGAGCAAGCCCUAUUAAGGUUAAGGGAAGAGAAGAGGCUAUUUUACUAGACUAGCUACCGAGCUGACUCAAGGAAGCCGGAAAGAAAGGGCCUCAAGACAGCUUCGGCAACAGAAAGUCGAGCUGAGGAAUACGAAAGAGAAGCGGAUUCAACUCAAUCUUAGCCUAAGAGCUGUUCAGAGAAGAGAAUCAAAGGUCAACGGCCAAUGGAGGAUUUAUCCCUCCCCCGGAUUCAUCUUAAACCGACCGAUAUGCCGAGAUGACAUCCAGCACGAGAGCAAGAAAAGGAAAUGGUCUCCGUGCAGCUUCAAGUCACGCCACUCUCACCAAGAUAGAAUCAUGGUCACAUCUGUAGUAUAUAUAUAGUUUAUAGAAGCGGAAUGCCAAUCGACACUGGUAGCCAUCGGGAUUGAGUUCAGCUGCUUUGAAGAUACUGACGAAUGGAAGAAUGAAUGAAUCAGAUGAGCUCCAUUCUGGACUCUCAUUGGUCAAACAGGCGCAACGGGCCAAGAGAUAAUAAAAGGACACCAGAAGAGCAAGAAAAAGAGCUGUAUGAUAAGAGUCCUUAUCCUACCCACCCAAUUUAUUUAGUUUAUGGGAGUAGCAAGAACAGCUCCAUUUAAAAGGUUAGUCGCGUACCAAAGAGCUCGAUCAGCUAUUCUAUUUUUCAGUCCGGUUGACGCCACUCGAUAGGAAGAAAGAGCAUAAAGGUUUUUCGAAGGCUUCAAGCCCUGUUUCAGCUGAGAGCAUUGAUUCCCCUGGCACCUCUCUUCCACAGCUUGGCACGUUUAAAGAAGGUGCCUACACUAAAGUGUACAAAGUGGUAUAAAGUUAUUCUUUUCGGGUUCGGUCAGGAGGGACAAAAGAGAGAUGCUUUCUAUCAGUCAAAAGCGGAUAUCGCCCCCCCCCCUCAUGCUCCCACGGUCCGCUUACCGAGGAAUAGAAAGGGAGGACCGGAGGCCAGAGCAAGUUGGGUUGGGGUAUAGAACCGUAAGCGCGGUGGGGGGGUUACAGAGGACGUGCUCGUACGGUUCAAAGAAGGGUAUGAUCAACUCGUUGUUGGGAACUUUAACUCCUCUAUAUUCGAAAUAUGCCUUUCUAGGAGCAUUACGAUCUGCAGCUUAAAUGGUCUCUUAUGAAGUCUCUAUUGGUCUUAUUCUUAUUGUGCGCCUUGUGAGCGCGUUUGGAUCCGCGAAGGCAAUCGCUCGGAUGUUCCCCUAACCCAACCCGGGAACGGACCGGAGGGAACCGCAGCAUGGGGGAUGUCCGCGUCUCGUCGCAAGGCUCAUUUUUAGUUUUUGGUUUAAGGGCGGAUUUAUAUGAUCAAGGGCCGGGGCACAAGGGUCCUGGUACUAUCCAGGUGCGAAGAACCCCGGAGGUGACUGCAAUGAGCAGAAAUCUCACUCACCGGCCUAAACGACGAGCAAACACUCGAACGUGAGAGCAAGGGAUCACCUAACGAAUGGACGAGCUCCAAGGAGGGAGGAAAGAGGAAGGCAAGAACCAUGCUUUCAGAGAAGUGGCGGUCCGAAUCUUAUCUGAACUGCGAGAAUAACUGACUAAGCCAUGCCAUAAGGGUCAUUCUCCAAACGGGACGGGGUCAAGCCUUUAGAUUUUUGAGUAGGUUGGGUGACAGAUCGGCCAUAGGAGUACUCCGGGAUAUAAACCUGGGCAACCAAUGUCGAGCAUACGACGAUGCCGCCCGUUUUCAUUUCGUGGAAGUCCCCGGCAGAGGAAAGGGCUGUAGGUGAUGGCGCGUUCUGCUUCUUAUCUAGAUAGGGGCGCUGAAAUCGUUCCUAUUGGUGCGUGGGGCAGCUGGUAUAGAUGAAUAAAGGCGGGCCGCUUGAACGGGACCUAUUCUCUUAAUAGGC